GACAAGCUGCCCGUCAGUCGUAAUGUAUUUCAUGCUUCACUUGUGAUCACUUCCACCUUGAAGCCUUCUUGACCCUUGCAUUCUCAUCAUCCGGAUGAAGCUCGGUUUGAACUGGAAGAGGAAAGUAUACGUUCCGUAGCUGCAAAGAGCGCGCUUCGCUACCACGGUUUUUCAUUUAGGAGUUUAAUUACUCUAGCUGUCUGGGUGCUAAUGGAAGAACCGAAGGGGAAGCGGCAGAAAACCUGCCUGCCUAUCUGCUCCUGCCACCAGCCGGUGUCUGGUAGCCAGGUGAAGCAGAACUACCCAGCCAGUGUGGAGGAGGCGGUGUGCGGGCUCAUCACCCUCUACUUCGAGCUUUCCUACCGUUUCCAGUCUCUGGCAGAGAUCUUUGAACAAGAUAACAUUGCUUUGCCCAGGGUUUCUGGCUAUUUCCGGCAAGUGGCUGAAGAGGAGGAGCAGAAUGCAAAAACCUUAAUUGACUACCAGAAGGAACGAGGUGGUCACUAUUGCACCAAGGACAUUAAGAAACCCAGAACUGAGUCAGUCCAGAACAUCUGUCAAGCGCUGGCUCUGACAUUGCGCCAAUGGAAAACUGUGGCAACAUUCUUGGAAGAAUUGUGCACACUGGGCAAAAGUUGCACAGACCCUCAUACCACCAGCUUCAUCAGGAAACAACUGCUUGCCCCCAAAAUCCAACAAAUCAAAGUGGUCAGUGCUUUGAUCACCAACGCUAACCGUCUGGGUUGUACAGAUGAAGGGCAAGUUAGCUUUGGGGAAUACCUCAUUGACCAGCUGCAGGAAGAGUUGGAGAAGCCACCUGCCUGAGGUGGUCAUCAUUUGUUUUAUAUUCCACAAACCAAACCUUUUCUAAUUGCAUUGUAUCAAAUUCACUCCUUUAAAAAGAUUCUCCCUUUUUCUAGGUUAAGAAUUUAAAUGUUCUUAAUAAAAAGAAAGAAAUAACGUUUUAUAUUGUUUCUGAAAAUAGAUAUGUCAUGGAGAACAGAGUGAGUAUUGUCUGCUCCAUUGUGCACUGCACUUUGUACUAUUUCCCAACGUUCCUAUACAGCCGUGUAAGGAAGGACAGGAGACCACUUACAAAAGGUAUUUAGAUACAAAACUCUCAAGUUAUUUCUUUAUUAAUAAUAUAGAAUAGCAAGAGGUGAGAAUAUGAUUUUGAUUCAAGUAGUCCUGUUGUUUUUUAAAGUGAUUUGUCCUUUUACCAAAUACAUCAAUUGUGUUAAAUUCUUCCACUGUAUCACGGAUUAAUUUCAUCCUCGCCAUCUCCUAAAGCAGGAAUUGUUCAACUUUUCCAUAUAUAAAACUGACUAACCAGGAAUUUUUUGUGGUCUUUUACAAUGACUCCUUUUCUUUCCCAUACAAUGUGGAUAAUCCUCGUGAAAUCACGAUGUCAAAGAAUUAUUUCCACUUUUUUUGUGCAACUACAUGCAAUUAGAAAACCAAGAUUUAUUGAAUCUAUAUAAUCUUAGGGUCACUGGGCCCCAAACGUUAAUUCUGAUUUCUCUCCACAAAUGCUGCCAGACCUGCUGAGCUUUUUCAGCAACUUUUUUUUGUUAUCUGCAAAGCUUGUCGUCCCUAGAAUGAGCAGUCGAAGGGAGCAAACAUUCCGCAGUCUGUGUACACAUGGUGCUCCAGUAUAUACUCUGGGCUGUAGGUCAACCUUGUACUACAUUGACGCCGCUUCCUCGAGAUUGUUUCCAUUGAUGUUUAGAAAGCCAUCCUUUAUUUACGGUUUUUGACAACAGCAAUAUAUCCAGGGUGUCUGUUAAAGGACUAUGCAAUGCUGUGGCAGCGCCUUUGAUCGUUUUCUUUUCUCUAAUCGUGCUGGGGUUAGGUGAAGUGGUGCUUAACGGUAACCGCUCUGUAUGGCUUUGAGCUGUCCUGCACUAACUGUAUUGCAAUUCAUAGCAAGGGUCUUCCAUGGAAAAAAAAGACAUUGGGCGAUACAUAGAGACGGGAUAUUCACUAAGCUGUACCAGUCUGAGUGGGGGUGGGGAGUGGCGGUGGAGGGUGCUUAAUGUUCCCCCCACCCGGCGGGAAUUUCUCUCUGUGGCCCAGAGACUGACAGUAACUUUUAAUGCUGGUUCUAAAAUGCAGUUCCAAUCUCUCAAGACAACUGAAAAUAUAGUUUUAUAACCGAUUAAAAAUUCCAAAGAUUCUAUGGCAGUGUAUUUUUUUCCUUUGGAAGCAAAGAUGUUGAAAUCUAUUUUCUAAAUAUUUUUCAUACAGCAUUUUUUAUUUUAAAAAAGGAUAUUGUUACUGCCUUGCUUAACAAUCAUUUGAAGGACUGGGUUUAGUAUUGGUCCUGUAAACUGUUCAGUUGGAUCUGGUUCACAAUAUAUUCUGUCAGUGUCCCAUGUCAGUGUGCUGAUGAAUGGUGUUUGUAAAUUGCUGUAGGUGGGUUGCUUUUGCACUGGUGUGGUCAUCUCAUUGUUUCACAGUAGAUGAUCUAUCUCAUGGAUCUGUGCCCAGAAUCAAAUAAAGAAAUC